AGCGUGAGAUUAGCUCGCUCGAUAAUGGUUUCUGAUAGAAACGCUCCGUGCUCGAGUUUCUAAUGGUGUCAUUUGGACGUUGGAGUUAUUUGGCUUAUGGUCGCAGUGUCCAGUUUGUGAGAAAUGCAGGACGACUAUAACUUACCGGAAAUAGGAUUUGUGCAACAAAUUCUGAGUUUGAAUUUGGUCCCAAGGAAGAAUGCUACCUGUGGGAGGAACGACACGUCCCUGUGCGACUUCUCAGAGAUGUGGUAUGGGGUGUUCCUGUGGGCUGGAGUGUCCUCACUGGUGUUCCACCUUCCCGCAGCUCUACUGGCCCUCGCCACUCUCCGGGGACAUAAGAUGGCACGCUUCUUUCCCCUUGCCAUCAUGCUCAUGGCCAUCAUAGGUCCUCUUUUGGGAGGCGUGCUCACUAGUGCAGCCAUAGCGGGGGUCUAUAUGGCAGCGGGGAAGAGGAUGAUCUCGUUGGAGGCUUUUGUGUUUGGAGUAGGACAGUCUUUCUGCGUUCUUGUCAUCUCUUUCCUCAGAGUGUUGGCCACACUGUAGCACUGAGCCACCGAGGACAGUGACCGCAGUGGACUCGCUUCACUUCCCCUGGAUGUUAUAUGCAAAAACACUGAAGCCUUAUUUUCCACGUGUGUCCCCACAACUCUUAUUUCCAUGCGCACUUAUAGUGCAGUUUUUCACCUAAAAGGUUUCAGGUGGACAUUCUUUCUCUGUGAUCAGUCUACAGAUGACGAGCUGUUUUUAAAAUCAGAGCUGUACUUCGUACACAUUUCUUGCACUUGAGCUUAUGUAUAAAGUAUGCAGCCGAACAUUACAGGAGAAAGCUGCAAAUGGCUGCAAACCGAUCCUCAGAGCAACAUUGUUAGAAUCUUCUAAAUAAGAUUAAACAUUCCCUGUGGUUUAGA